CGAACAUGACUCCUCGCCAGAAUCCCCACCCCUUCGGGUAAGAACUCUAGCAGACUUAUAUGAGUCUACUGACGUCUAUGAAACAUGCAACUUUUGUUCCUUGGAGCCACAUAGUUACACUGAAGCCUCCAAAGAAAAAGUUUGGAUUAAAGCAAUGGAGGAGGAGAUAAAAAUGAUAGAAAAGAAUGAUACUUGGGAAAUGGUAGAUCUUCCACAUAACAAGGAGGAGAUAAAAAUGAUAGAAAAGAAUGAUACUUGGGAAAUGGUAGAUCUUCCACAUAACAAGGAGGUUAUUGGAGUCAAAU